UGGCGCCUUGAAAAGAGCUGGUUUUCUCGUGCUGUCUCAAUCGUGUCUCUGUCUUUCUGGCCGCGUCUGUCUUGCUAGUUGUCUGGUCGAUCUCAACUCUGCAAGAGUCCCUCUUGCGCGAGCAUAAGUAUCUGGAAGAACCAAGGCCUGAGACUUGUUUUCAACACACAUCGCACCAACGGGGCAGACACUGAUACAUCGCCAUGGUCUUGUUCUUCAAGUCAUCAGCCAUCGACCCACCGGUCGUGCUGUACAUGGGUAAAGACAAGGUCGAAAACGAAGACCUCAUUAAGUAUGCUUGGCCUCAAGACCUCUGGUUUCAUGUCGACAAGCUCUCGUCGGCACACCCCCUCCUUACAGACUGUGCACAACUUGUCAAGGCAAACUCGAUCGAGGGCAACAAAAAGGACAACCUCACGAUCAUAUACACGCCCGCAGACAACCUCAAGAAAACGGGUGACAUGGCUGUUGGCCAGGUCUCGUUCCACAACGAUAAGCGGCGCGAGAACCCAAUCGUGAACCGGCUCAACAAGACGAAGGUCGAGCGGCAGGUCGACCACGAGGAGGAGCGCGUCGAGCGUAUCAAGAACGAGAGCGCCGCACGCCGAGCGGCGGCGCAGCAGAAGAAGAAGGCAGACGAAGAGCUUGCGCGUCAGCGGGCGGCGGAGAAGGCGGCGCGCUCUUAUGACACGCUGUUCGACCAGCAAGCAGAAGACGACGACGACGGGAUGGCGGAGGCCCCGAAGCGAUCCGUACGCGAGAUGGAAGAUGACUUCAUGUAACUUAGCAGCGCAAUAUAAAAGUCCUGUGCCAGUCUACAAGAUGGCUUCCGCUGGCCAUUCAGGGAACUUCUCAAUGACCGACGGGGAAGUGUGAGCCAGAGAC